AUGGCAAGUCAGAUGGUUCUAAUAGUUGAAUACCUCAGGGAUGACAAAGUUCUCGAGGAUAAACUGGAGGCUCAAUGCCUGAGGAUUAGGGUGACGCAGUGUAUAAUCAUAAGGGAUACUCUGUACAAGAAAGGCUUCUCCCUACCGUACUUAAGGUGUCUGCGACCAGAUGAGGCAGAGUACAUGAUCCGAGAAACUCACGAAGGAAUCUGCAGAAAUCAUUCUGGUGGCCAAGCCCUGGCUCGGAAGAUUGUCUGCCAAGGAUACUUUUGGCCGAUGAUCCAAGAAGACUCCAGGGGUUUUGCUAAGAAAUGCGACAAAUGCCAAAGCAUUCCGCACACCAUUAUGUCAGACAAUGGGAAGCAGUUCGACAACAAUAAAUUUAGGGGUAUGUGUCAUAGGCUCGACAUCAGGAAUGCCUAUUCAUCACCUCGGCAUCCUCAAUCCAACGACCAAGUCGAACCAAUGAAUAAAAUAAUAAAGAGCCAUCUCAAGACCAAGGUAGAAAAAGCAAAGGGUGCCUGGGCCGAGGAGCUCUCGUUAUUGCUGUGGACGUACAAAACUACACUUCGGUUAGUGACGGGAGAAACCCCAUUUUCCCUCUCUUAUGACGCCAAGGCUGUUGUCCCCGUCGAGAUAGGACUCCCCACUGAUCGAGUGCAAUCCUAUUAG